CAGUCCGAGUUUGUGAUAGUUUGAGUCUGUUAUAGAACAAGUUUGUGAAGCCGACUUUGUAAUAGGCCGAGUUUGUUUUGGGCCGAGAUAUCUGGUAGUCCGAGUUGAGAACAAUUAUCUUCGGCACAACAUGGCGUCAUCCUCGAAACCUAAACGUAAACGGCACCGCUCAAAUUCAGAAGAUGAUCCACUGUGGACAAAUAGAUCAGAUGGCGAUUAUUAUUCCGCACCAAGCGAUAAGCAGAAGAAAUUAACUGCACUGAGUAGUUACAUUCCGCGUGAAACAAGUGAUUGGACGAUGAGCGAACUAGAAAAUCUUCAGAUUAAUUGGAACUGGAUCGACCCUUCAUCCACGAAGAACAUUGAUGAAUUUUUCGACAUGUUUCCAAAUAUAAAUGCAGAUUUGCCACCCCUCGAUGCAGAUUUAAUCAAGAUGAUGGAUUAUUUGAAUGCAAACUUGACAUUUGACACAAGUGUCAAAGAACUUGAACAGGAAAAUUAUGUUAAAGUUAGAGAAUAUCUUGUUGAAAACUUUCUUCCCAAAGUUGAUGCUGAUUCAGAUGAAGAGUUGAUGAAAACUGUGGGUAGUAGUUCCAGAGUUUUGAUAUAUCAUACUGUAGCUGGAAGACAUGACUUUCAAAAUGACCUAAAAGAAAUACUUUAUGAUUUGUUGUUGACUUCUAGAACAGUGGAAGAAAUGAGGUUCACAACAAUGCUGGAGAAGUUUUGCAGAAUGUGUAACCUAAAGGGAAGUAUAGGAUUGGUCGAGGAAACCAUGAUCAAGGAUGUACGUGUUGUGGCAGUUCCAGACUUAACUUUCAGAAUUUCAUCAAAUGAAUUUUGGCCUGAUGUAACGGAUGUAAUACAGAUACAGAUAAUGACAGUUGCAGAGAUUAAAGUUUCAACCAAUGAUUCAUUAGUUGAUCAAAAGAUUCAUGUUACUAGACAAAAACCAGAGGCUAUUGAUAAGGAGACACUUCAAACUAUGGAUCCAUCAAAGAUAAGAGGAUUUAGCCAACAUGUUGGACAGCUGAUCAUUGGACUAGGCAAUUCUUGCUUCAAAAAAGAAUGUCUUGGCCUUUUGCUCCAUGAGACAAAGAUACUGAUAACAUGCCUGUCUACAUCACCCAGGUAUUGUACUCAUAUCAAAGAUAAAUUAGGUCCAGAAGACAAAGCUACUCUGCAUUUCAUUGGACCUUAUGAUAUAUUAAAGGCAAGGGAGAGGAGCCAGCUGAUAAAAGCUUUUCUACGUUUAGGAAACCGACAAAGAUUAGGAAUAGGAAUACCAAAAGUAUAAUCUGCCUUUUGUGUUACUAGAAUCUGCUCACCCUAUCAAAGCUAAAGUGAAUACCAAAGUUGACUCAUAGAAAUGAAUAUAGAGGUGGAAUCUCUUAAAAUACAUUUAUUGUUUAGUACAAAAUCUUAGUGAAAUUGUUGCCACAACAUUUUGUAAUUCAAGAACAAAGUAACAAAAAGUUUAUUUAUACAGCAACAGAGUUAUUUUCAGAGCCAGAUAUAUAGAUAUGUAUAUAUAUUAACAUUAUUGUGACAUAGGAAAUGUACUAGAAAAUGCAAGAAUGGUGAAAUUCAUCUAUUAUCAAUUACUUAUCAUCCCCUGUUUGGCACAUUGCAAGGGACAUAGAAAUAUUCUGCAUCCAUCCAGUCUUGUAAGUGCUCUCCUGUGUACUAUUCUUGCAAGAUAUUUAUAGAAUUUAUAUCGAAGGUCAGCAAUGUCUAGAACAAGUUUGAAAAAUCAGUGCAGAUCAAUUUUUAUGCCCCCGCCUACCGGAGGGGGUAUUGCGAUUUACCCUUGUCCGUCUGUACGUCCGUCCCAAAAUUGGUUUCCCUUCUCUAACUUUAGUUUGCCUCAACCAAAUGUUAUGAAAUUUAUACACAAUGCUUAUUACCACAAAACACAGAUCAAGUUUGAAUUUUGGUUGCGUCACUUUUACUGUUCUAAAGUUAUGCCCUUCUACAAAUGGAAAAAUUGUUGACUUUUUGGUAUCCCUUCUCUUACUUUAGUUUGCCUCAACCAAAUGUUAUGAAUCUUAUGUUGUGUUUUGUGUACUAUUGUUUGUCUGUUUGUCUUUCUCUUUUGUAGCCAUGGCGUUGUCAGUUUAUUUUUGAUCUAGGAGUUUGAAUGUCCCUCUGGUAUCUUUCGUCCCUCUUAUAUGCACAAUGCCAAUUACCACAAAACACAGAUCAUGUUUCAAUUUUUGUGGCGUCACUUUUACCGUUCUUGUAUAAAAAUUACCAUCAUGUAACAUCUAUCAGCCCAGCCCUGACAUAUAAAAGUAUAUUUACAGUAAAAAUCUUAUUUAUUUGUAAACCUGUUUUCUCUUGACCAUACAUACAAGAAUUAAACUUAGCCACAAUUUCAGUUCGGUAUUUUGAUUGAAAAACUUAUCCGACAUAGCGGCCAUGGCUAAAAAUAGAACAUAGAGGUUUACUAUAUACGGAAGUCAACAGGAAAAUUGUUUAAGGGAAAAUUCACUAUUUUUUACUUAUCUUAUUAUGUUCAUAAUACCAAACAACAUAUUCACCAAGUUUUAACGGGAUAUGAACACGAAUAAAGAAGAAAAUUGGGAAUUA